CCCAGAUCCACCCCACCAUCGUAGUUUGAUGAACAGACGAUCCAUCAAGCUUUUUUGUCACUGGUGUUGAAAAGUUUUUCCCUGCAAUCAAACAUGACAGCGGAUGACUGCUUGGACCGAACCAGAGAGGGGCUAUCAACUUUUCAGUCAGGAUCUUCCAGGUUGCUGAGGUUCCUGUGGGAUGUCUACUCUAAGCCUACUCCAUCUAGCGGCUUUGAGAUCUUCAUCCUCUUCCUCCUCUGCCUCCUGGUCUCUAUGAUGAUGGCUGCCUUGCUGCUGGUGUGGAUGGUUUUCAGCCUAACCUAUGACCUUACCGCUGUGGCCAUCAUGGUAGGGGUGUGUGCGUUUCUGAUGACGGUGCUCCUGACGUUGGUCCACCCUGCACGCUGCACCCUAAGCAUCCUCAUCCCCUCGCUAGGCACUCAACAGGGACGCAAGAUCCUGGUUUCCACGGUGAUGACCCUGACCAUAGCAACAUGUGUGCCCAAUAUGGUGGCGAAUGUCAACUGGACCGCUUUCCUGAUCAGAUGCUCAUCCCACAGCCUAAUCGAGAGCAAGUUAAACUACAGCACAACUACACACCUGAUCCUGAGCGACAUCAAUGAAUGGACAGCAAAAAUGGAGUCCAACAAUGGCAUGAGCAGCCUUGUCCUGAAACAGGAACUCGACGUCCUCGCUGUGUGGCAAGAGAUCUCCAAGAUGACCCAAAGCAUGAAGGCCGAACUACAAUCCCUGCAUGGCUUUCUCAACUUUGCCUCCUCGGUGCUACAGAAGUUGAUUGGUGCAGCAUUGGUGAUCAUGAUGCUAGCCAACUCCUCCAUGUACCUGAUUGGCUACCUCACAGACCUGAAGUAUGAUAACGUGUACGCGUCCAAGCGCCUCAUGGCUUCUCUGGCAGCGAGUGGCGAUGGCACGUUGCCCAUGAAGUACCAAGACAGGCUGGUGAAGACGUCGGGGGUGAAGAUGAUGCGUGCCGAGGUGCAGAGGUGCGUGUGGGGCGUGGCGGUCCUCGGGUUGUACACCAUACUCUGCUUCGCGCUGAUCGGUCUGGAUCACUUCAUCUACAGGGCACUGGAGGUUCUACUCACCUGGACCAGAGAGAUGCCAGGCAUCACAUACCACACCACCGUCGAUUUGAAAGUAGGAGGCACGGCGAUUGGCUUUAUUGAUUUCACCACUCACUCCUUCAGAGAAGAGUACAGACACAGACUGGACCUGCUUCCCUCCCACUGCGUGAAGCCUCUCUCCCCCCCCACCUCCUCCAUCAUCUCCUCCGUCUGCAUCCUCCUCUCCAUCGCCCUCGUCCUCGUCCUGGGCCAGGUGUUCGCUCGCCGCCUGCGCAGGAAGAUCUGCGCCUCCUUCUACAGUCACCGCGAGGAGGAGCGAACCCACCACCUCCUGCGGAAGAUUCUAGACGAGAGAGAGAGAGAAAUAGAGAAUUGAGAUUCAUCUUUGCAAAGAUACAAGAAUAUUUUAUGUUAAUGCCUGGGCUUUCAGUGGUGUGUUGACCAUGGCAGUUCUUAGGUUUUAUACUUUUAUAUAGUGUGUUGCAGGCUGAGCAAAUCUGCCUGUCCGUAAAUAUGAUAGUGAGAUAGACAGAGAGAGAGAGAGAGAGAGAGAGUUGUAUACCAAUUUGACUACAUGUAUGGAGAGCCUCCAUGAAUACAGAAGAUUCUAGAUACAACUGUCAUCUUUGUAACCCCAGAUGCCAGAAGCUUUGGGUUCAAAUAAGGGCUUAAGAUCAUUUAACUUCAUUCCAGUAGCUUGGCUGUUCUCUCCUUUGUACGUCGCUUUGGAUAAAAGCACCUGCUAAAUGCAUAAUGUAAAUGCAAUACAAUGUUCAGAAUGCUUCAGGUGAAUUACAAUAAUGGACAAUGCAAGCAGAUGGUUUUACUAACGUGCACUUUUGACAAUUCUAUUUCAUGUCUUUGCAAAAUUCCAACCACUAAACAAAUAAAAACCACGGCAAGAUCAAAGGAAGUGGCUUUGGUGGGUCUUGAGCAUUUUUGGCAGAAUUCUUAGAAGCUGCAGGAGUUCCUGACAAAGGACCAGCCCCUUUAAAAUGAAGAAGAAACACUUCUCCAUUCGAACCCAUUAGGACUGUCGGUCACACUAACACUGGCCAAAAUUUGGUGCGAUGUUUCCGAGACCCUCCCUUAGAAGUGUUGUGUGUCAUGGCAGCAGCAGGAGUACUAAACUGGCUUGCACUACAGUGGCAACAUCACGAUAGGGCAGAGAUCAAUGAAUAGAGUUAGUUAGAAGAGUUACAAGUAGUGUGCAAUAGUGGAGCAGAGGUUUUUUUUAAAUAACAAUGAAGUGUUAAAUGACUGAACAAAACUUUUGAAGUGGAUUGAGUAAAAAAGCAGUGGUUACUUGAAGGAAGCAUGGCUCUUUCUCUCUCUCUCUCUAUCUCUCUCAUACACACACACACACACACACAAUCAUUCACACAUACACACACACUACACAUCCAAGGCUGAACCAUAUGAUAUUUUCCUGUGUCAUUUUCAUCUGUUAUAUUACACUGCUGUCAUAGCACCAUCUACUGGGGAUACACUCAAAUCUCAAUGCUGUGUCAUGCUGGUGGCACAGUACAGAUCUCAGUGGCGCAAACUAGAUAAAGUAUCUUGAAGAGUACAGCAAUGCCUACAUUUAUUCAUUUGGCAGACAUCUUUAAAUAAAACGUUUAUUAUAAGUGAGGUCAGGUAACAAGUUCAACACAAGCUAUCCAGACAAGGGUUGUCUCUGGACUGGAUCUGCUAUGAUCUGACAUGAAUCUACCAGAAAAGUGGCAGAUCAGUGUUGGAUACAUACCAAAUAUGAAUCUAUUGGUGUGUACGUAUUUUUUUAAAGGAAUACAUGUAAAAAGGAAAACAUUGAUCAUGUGCUUCCUAGUAUUAUUUCAGUGUAUUUA